AUGGGACAUCUUCUGCCCUCUUUCCGUACUUCCACACCCUUGUGGAUAGCUGUUCUCAUUGUAAUAAGAUGGACAGGAAAGGGCCUUAGCUGUCCAUCAAAGUGCAGCUGUGAACAAAAGGCAGUGAAUUGCAGCAUGAAGGCUUUAGACAAAGUUCCGGGCUCCAUUCCGCUGACCACCAGGGAGUUGAUUCUGUCCUACAACAAACUCGUCACGUUGCCGGUAUUAGAGAUGAGCUAUCUGAACGAACUGGUCUAUCUGGACUGCAGCCACAACCUGUUAGAAAUGGGCCUGGAUUUCACCUUUCCCGGUAUAGUCAAGUUGACGUACCUAGACCUCAGUUUCAAUAAGCUUUCCUUUGUAACGCCUUACACUUUCUCGCAACUCAACAAGCUGCUGCUGCUGAAUCUCUCAAGCAACCCAAAGUUGGUGGAAGUGAAGGACAAAGCCUUUGACAGCAACCCCCUUCUGAGAUUUGUGGAUAUGAGCGACUGCGCCUUGACGUACGUUGGCGGCGAAUUAUUCAAAGAUCUGCACAACCUUCAUAGUUUGAGACUGAAGGGGAACCCCUGGAAUUGUGACUGCAGUUUCUUGGAGUUUUGCAACUGGAUUAAGAAAGCUGAUGUUGUGUAUCCAGACUCUGAGGAAAUGACUUGCAACAAACCAGAACUUUUCAAGGGUCUGACAGUCAAUGUGGCCGAGACGAAGCUCCACUACCUCUGCCUUGUCCAUUUAGACUUCCAAGAUUUCGUCUUCUUGGGUCUGAUGGCCAUCUGUAUCUUUUUUGGAGGAACUCUGGUGGCCUGGCUGGUUGGGCUAGCCACAGUGAUCUAUUAUCACCCCGUAAUGAAGGUGGACGAGGAAUUGGACGAGGAGGAAUACAGAAUGAUUUAG